UACAGUUCUAUUGUAUACAAAACUCUUUUGAGACUUAAAAUGAAGCCGAUCUUUGUUCUUUCGAUCUUAUCGCUUGCCGCAUUCAUUCAGGUGAUUAACGGUGAAGACGCAACUUUCGGUAAUGUGGUUAAUGUUUUCAAUGCCAAAUGCACCGAAAAGAAAGUUCCAGUGAAAUCAUUGGAUUUCAUGGUAAAAAUCGCGUCGAACGUUGAUCAAGUUGAACAAAAUUUGAAAGCACCUGCCAAGCAAUUCAUGAGCGAAGAAAAAGUUACAAACAUCCUAAAACAAAUGCCAGAUGAAAUGACAGUUUUAAAAUUGAAACUCGAAACUGGUGCUCGUGACUUUGUUCACAGUGUAAUCGAUUGGGUUAAUAAUGAACAAGCAUCAAUUGAAAAAUUGAAUCAUGAAGUUGCUGCUGCACUUGCCUUUGCGCCGCACAGUGAAGACUUUAAAACAGCAUUCAACCAUUGGGCCGCUGAUAAAAAUACGAAAGUCGAUCAUUUGAAAAAGGCUGCAGGUAGUAUUGAUGCUAUGCAAGCAUACUUCAGUCAAUUGCAUGCCACAUUCGAAAAUGAAAUGGCCGAAGCUGAGAAAGUCAAAUCGAAUAUUGAACAUGGCAUGAAUUCAGCAAACACAGAAUUCGACAAACUUCACGGAACCAACUCUGAAGCCGCACAAAAAAUUAUUGAACAAGCCCGGUUACAUAUGACCACAGUAACUGAAAACCAAGCUAAAUUACUCAUUCAUCUUGGUGCUUUGAAAGCGGUUCUUGAUGAAUACAAUGAGGAACGCACCGCAUGGGCAAAAUAUGUCGUUGGAAUCAAUGAUUCAUUUGAACUUGUCACAUUCGAUAAGGUUGCAAAGGUUUUCAAAACAAAAUGCACCGAAAAGAAAGUCCCAGUAAAGUCAUUGGACUUUAUGGUAAAAAUCUCGCCCAACGUCAAUCAAUUUGAACAACAUCUGAAAGUUCCGAUGAAGCAACUUAUGAGUGAAGAAAAAGUUGCAAACAUCCUAAAACAAAUGCCGGAUGAGAUGACCGUUUUAAAAUUGAAACUCGAAACUGGUGCUCGCGACUUGAUUCACAGUAUAAUCGAUUGGGCUAAUAACGAACAAAUCUCAAUUGAAAAAUUGAAUUACAAAGUUGCCUCCGCUCUUGCAUUCAAACCACACAAUGAAGAAUUUAAGAAAGCAUUCAGUCAUUGGGUCACGGACAAAAAUACCAAAGCAGAUCAUUUGAAAAAGGCUGCAGGUGGCAUUGAUGCUAUGCAAGCAUACUACAAUCAAUUGCAUGCUGCAUUCGACAAAGAAAUGACCGAGGCUCAGAAUUUAAGAUCGAACAUUGAACAGGGCAUCGUUUCAGCUAACGCAGUAUUCGAUAAACUUCAUGGAACCAACUCUGAAGCCGCACAAAAAAUUGUCGAGGAAGCACGUUUAAAAUUGUCCACAGUCACUGAAAACCAAACUAAAUUGGUUAAACAUCUUAAUAUUGUAAUGACAAUUUUGAGCGAAUAUAAUGCACAACGUAGCUCAUGGGCAGAAUAUGUUGUUGGAAAAUUGGAUUCAAUCCAUUUACCAUCUGCAACACACGUUGAUUCACUUAUCGACAUUUUGAACAGUUUGAAAUUGUAAAAAAAAAGGUUUUAAAAGUCUCUUUAAGUUACAUUUGCUGACAAAAUUAGUUGAACCAAUAAUUUCAAAGAGAAAAAUGAUCAUUAUAUAACCUAAGCAUUAUAGCACUUGUUUAUAUACGAAAUAAAUGCUCACAAAUGUUCAUCAGAAAA